CCCCUCACCUCCCCUUCGGCUGCUCCCUCCUUCCUCGGGACGCCACCUCCCGCUCGCCUUUUUGUUUUGGAGCUGGCUUCCCGCUGCGGCGCCGGGGCGGCGAGUGCGGGCGAGGGCAGGCUGGGGGCGCAGUCCACGGCCCACUGGCCGGCCCCCAGCGCAGCGCGGAGGACCGACGGACGCGCGGCCGGGCGCGCCAUCUGCUUGCCGGAGCUCCCCUGCAAACUACUGCUGAGUGUGUGCGUGCACGCGAGGGGUGGGGGUCGGGGGUCGUGAGUCCCGGGUCCGGGGUUACCGCUUUCCGCCGGGGUUACCUUCGGACGGGGGCCGCUGGACUCGGAUUGGAAUUAGGCAAACAAAAGAGACCAGUCAGCGAGUGGCCAGAAGUCGCUCGAGCGCCUCGCCGCGCCCCCUCCUCGAUCCUAGGUGGGGGCUGGCCACUUGGGGGCGGGGAGAGGGCGACCGAGCCGGCGGGGGGCCGGCUGCGCAGCCAGGGUCGAAGAGUUGGCGGCCUGUUGUGUAAGCCUCAGUCCUUGUUUUCCCGGCCUGGCUCGUUGUGAAGCCGGACACAUCCACCCUUGGACUCGAUUCAGGAGGCUGCUGCUUUUCUCCUUGCCCCUGUUGGGUUUUCUGGAUUUUUGAAAACCCAAUGGCCUAGGAGGAGGAGGAGGAGGGAGGAAGGGGCAGAUCUGCAGAGGAAUGUGAGAGCUUCCCAAAGCCAGAGCAGCCAAAAGGAGCCGGGAGCCAGAGGGACGGCAGAGCCCUGCUGCGUUUCUGGAAUGGUGGUUUCCGAGUGAUUCUCUUCUAUUUUAGAACAUUGUUCCAGUGGAAAGUGUCGAAUUCUUGCCCUUGCAGAGCUGGUUUCUCCAGGUCACUUGACUGUUCUUCUGAAAGUGGGAGGAAAGAGAGACUCCCCCGACUCCUCCAACUCCUCCGCCAGGCUGCAGAGGGAGGGAAGAAGACUAUGGACGUGAGUCCUCCCUGCUCACAGGCAUAUACCCAGAGACCUGAUAGGGCAGUUUCUGGACCAUGGACAUUCCUUUGAAGAGGAGCAGGCUGGACAGCAUUUGUGGGUGCUGAGACCCCAAGCUGGGGGUCGAGAGACUGAGCUGUAUAACAGGCAUUGAGUUGCUAGUGCAUUCUUGAACACCCCAGUGAGCAUCCUUGGUCUGGGCAGAACCCUCUCCUUCCCAUCUUUCUCUACCACCCGGACCAGCCAUGGCACUGAAAGGCCGAGCCCUCUAUGACUUCCACAGUGAGAACAAGGAGGAAAUCAGCAUCCAGCAGGAUGAGGACCUGGUCAUCUUUAGUGAGACCUCACUGGACGGCUGGCUGCAGGGCCAGAACAGCCGUGGCGAGACGGGGCUCUUUCCUGCCUCCUACGUGGAGAUCCUCCAUUCUGGCCUCAGCGCCAACCAUGCUGACUACUCCAGCAGCCUUGCAGGCUCACUGGGCACCCAGGUGAGCUUGUACAACAGCUCCAGUGUGGCCAGCCCGGCCAGGAGUGGUGGGGGCAGUGGUUUCCUCUCAAACCAGGGCAGCUUCGAGGAGGAUGAUGACGAUGACUGGGAUGACUGGGACGAUGGAUGCACAGUGGUGGAGGAGCCACGGGCUGGUGGGCUGGGCACCAACGGGCACCCCCCACUCAACCUCUCCUAUCCCGGUGCCUACCCCAGCCAGCACAUGGCCUUCCAGCCCAAGCCAGCCCUGGAGCGGCAGGACAGCCUGGCAUCUGCCAAGCGAGGCAGCGUGGUGGGGCGCAACCUCAACCGUUUCUCGUGCUUCGUGCGCUCUGGAGUGGAGGCCUUCAUCCUGGGCGAUGUGCCCAUGAUGGCCAAGAUCGCCGAGACAUACUCCAUUGAAAUGGGCCCUCGUGGCCCCCAGUGGAAGGCCAACCCCCACCCGUUUGCCUGCUCUGUGGAGGACCCCACCAAACAGACCAAGUUCAAGGGCAUCAAAAGCUACAUCUCUUACAAGCUCACACCCACCCAUGCUGGCUCACCGGUCUAUCGGCGCUACAAACACUUUGACUGGCUCUAUAACCGCCUGCUACACAAGUUCACUGUCAUUUCGGUGCCCCACCUGCCUGAGAAGCAGGCUACAGGCCGCUUCGAGGAGGACUUCAUUGAGAAGCGGAAGCGGAGGCUUAUCCUCUGGAUGGACCACAUGACCAGCCACCCUGUGCUGUCCCAGUAUGAGGGCUUCCAGCAUUUCCUCAGCUGCCUGGACGACAAGCAGUGGAAGAUGGGCAAACGCCGGGCAGAGAAGGACGAGAUGGUGGGUGCCAGCUUCCUGCUCACCUUCCAGAUCCCCACGGAGCACCAGGACCUGCAGGACGUGGAGGACCGUGUGGACACCUUCAAGGCCUUCAGCAAGAAGAUGGACGACAGUGUCCUGCAGCUCAGCACGGUGGCAUCAGAGCUGGUACGUAAACAUGUGGGGGGCUUCCGUAAGGAAUUCCAGAAGCUUGGCAGUGCCUUCCAGGCCAUCAGUCAUGCCUUCCAGAUGGACCCCCCCUUUUGCUCUGAGGCCCUCAACAGCGCCAUUUCUCACACGGGCCGCACUUAUGAAGCCGUCGGUGAGAUGUUCGCUGAGCAGCCCAAGAAUGACCUCUUCCAGAUGCUCGACAUGCUGUCUCUCUACCAGGGCCUGCUCUCCAACUUCCCUGACAUCAUCCACCUACAGAAAGGCGCCUUUGCCAAGGUGAAGGAGAGCCAGCGCAUGAGCGACGAGGGCCGCAUGGCGCAGGACGAGGCAGAUGGCAUUCGCAGGCGCUGCCGUGUGGUGGGCUUCGCCCUGCAGGCUGAGAUGAACCACUUCCACCAGCGUCGUGAGCUCGACUUCAAGCACAUGAUGCAGAGCUACCUGCGCCAGCAGAUCCUCUUCUACCAGCGGGUGGGCCAGCAGCUGGAGAAGACCCUGCGCAUGUAUGACAACCUCUGACCACGUGUGUCUGGCCCCUCCCUGCCCCCAGGCCCGGUCGCUGCAGUGCACCCCGACUUCCCAAUCUCCCUUACCAGCAGUAGCUGGAGGGGGCAGUCACUGGUGGGUGAGAAACCAGCCUGUGGCCCCCUCCUGGGAGAAGGAGCUUUCAAGGAGCCAUGGGUGCCCCUUAGAGGUGGGGCACAGCAGGGGUGAGGACAGGGCUGCGAACCCUCCAGGCCAAGGCCUGGGCUGCUGGUCAGUAGAUAAAGGCCAGGCCAGGGUCUGAGCCUCCCCUAGAGCCUGCAGUGCUCACUCACCUGGCCACCACCCUGUUCCUUCAGCAGACACGGAGGCCUGCUGUGGCCCUGGGUCAGACGCUGGGCACCCAGGGCUGCCAUAUGCCUGCCCUUGAGGAGUCCUCAGUCAAGGGUCAGACACAGAAACGGACAGUCCGUGCAGCACGGCAGAUGGUUCGGUCAGGGCUUCCCGGAAGCUCAGAGGGACCGCAGCAUUCUGCCGGGCAGGGAACACCCCACAGAGUAGGCGAUAUUUGAGCGGUGUUUUGAAGAAUGACAAGGACCUGCCAGACAGCAAAUAGGGAGAAGGACACUCAGGGGAGAGGAAUAGCUUGGCAAAGGGAUGGAGGCACAAAAACUUCUCCCUCUUCUCUUCCUUACCUUUCCUGAGCAAGUUUGGUGCCCCCUCCACGGGGAUUCCGGCCUGCGUGGCAGAGGGAAGGAUCUUCCUUGCUCCUGCAGUGCUGGUGUCCCCGCUUCCCCCUGUCCCCUGUAGGAGGGGCUGCAGGCCAGCUCCCUCCUGCGGGCCUGUGACUGUGCUCCACUGCUGAGCCCGCAUUUUCCCUUGGUUAGGGGACCGUGCAGCAUCCCUCCCUCCUGGGGCUCACGGUGCUGCUGGCACCUUCCUGGAGAGGAUGCCCCAAAAGUUACCGUAUAUUUGGGUUCACACUCCAAGCAGGCCCAGACCUCAGGCCCCCAGGGUCCUUGGCCUCCGGGACACCAUCUUCCCCAGAUCCCUCCUGUUGCACAGUGGGAAACCCAAGAGGAGAACGACGACGACGGGGGCCUGUGUACCCCCUUGUCCCCGGGAUUCCAGGCCCACCUGUCCGCAGCCAGCCUCGCUGUGGUGUGCGCCCCACUCCUGGUCAGGCUGUGCUGCCUCCGACCUGUGUUUACGUCCCCAAGGGGGUUACUGUCUCCUCCCCGCCCAGGCCGGGGUGUGUGUGGGGGGCUGACAUGUGCCACCUCUCCCCCCACUGGGAGGUCAUGAUCUGUUCCUGGCUGCUGCUGCUGCUUGAAUCUUUUUCUUUUUUUUCUUUCUUUUUUCUUGAUAAACCUUUUACAAUUAAGAUAACAAAAGCACGACUCUUUCUGUUUGGAUCCCAGAAGGGAUGAGGUGGGGGAAAUGUAGAACCCUGAUUACUCCUGGGAGUCUUUGGGCCAGAUUCUGAGAUCAGGGUGGGCAGAAAUUUACCACAGAACCUCAAAAGUUGGGGGUGGCUGUGCUGCUGGGAGGUGCCCCCUGGUAGGAGGAGCUGGCGGUGGCUGGUGGCCCUGAGCCUGGUGGCCGUGAGCCCACAGUCCCUCCCCAGGCCUGGCUCCCCUGGUUUCUGAGUGAGGAAGUGCUGCCCAGGGCGGGGGCUGUGCUGCUCCGUGAUGGAGGAUGGAGGGUUUUGCGAGGAUGGACAGGAGGCUGUGCCUGGGACAUUCUCAUAGACGGGUGGCUCCUCUCCCCCGGGAGCUAUGUCCUGGAAAGCCCCAGUCCAGGGCAGGGGAGAGGGGACUCAGAAACCAUCUUUCCCCCAAGCUGUCCUGGGUGCACAGCCGGGCCGUGGUGCCCUGCUGGAAAAUGAAGAGGACCCUGGCUGUGCCCUUGGGGUGCCCUGGCCAGGAUAAACGGGGGUGUGUUCAUCCCCAGAAGAGAGAUGAGCGCUGGCUGAGAUACGGGUCUCUUUUGCAGGCAAUGGGAUGUGGAGGAGGAAAGGCCUCCAGCAUCCAGCCCGUCAGGGAGGGCUCUGGCCAGGCCGGGGGGCUGGGGGGCUGGUGGCAGGGAGCGGGGAAGGGCCAGCAGGUGGCGGGCAGGGCUCCCUGGUCAGGGAAAAGCAUCCUUGGAGGAACUUCUGGAAUGGGUCCCCCUGGCUCUGGGUCAACAUUAGGUCAGAUUUGGGACUUUCUGAGGAAUUUUCCCCACCCUCCUCCCUUCCCUCCUUCCUUCGUUUUCCAGCCCAUCCCGGGAACUUGUCACCCUUAACCUCUUCUCAGCUCCCGCCUCCAUGGGGCCUUCUGCAGAGGGGGCUCAGAGCACAGGCCAGUCUGGGCAGGGCUGCCGGGAAUGCUGGAAAGUCCCCUGCUCAUGCUUCCUGCCCUGGGACAGUGUUGCCCUCCCGUUUCCGGGGUCACCUCCCACGCUCUCAUCCUCAGGCUGAGGCAGUCGGUCUGACACUUUUCUCGGGGGGCUUGGAUCUAGGAGAAGAAUCAGAAAGUGAAGUCUUGGGAUGGGGCCAGGCCUGCUCUGGGCACUCUGAGGCCUCCGGGCUGGGGCAGGUGUGUGUGGGGGGUGUGAGGACGUCACGCCUCUCUCCCCUCCCAUUUCUUUCUAUCUCUGUGGGAGUUGGGGUGUCGGGAGAGUUUGGGAUUGUCUGGGCUGGCUGAGCCCCUCUCAGGAAGGGACUGAGGGCGUCUUGGUGGUAGCAGGGCCUGCUGGCUGGCCUCGUCACAUGCCGGGCAGAUGUUCAGACUGAGCUGGGCCCAGCUGCCUCCAGUUCCCUCCCUGACUUUGCUCAGAGGGAGGUGGAAAACAAGGCUUCUCUUUCUGCCCUGGGGAGCUACCGGGACCCGGGGGCGGGGGACCCCUGGUCCUCAAUCUUGGCCCAGCCUGGGAAAAGGAGUCUGCUUUGUGGCCACAGGUGGGGGCUGGGGAUGGAGGCAGACCUCAGAUCCUGCACCCCAUCGCCCCCUGGACACAAGAGGGCUGUGAACUGCCGUGCCACGGCUGUGCCGCUGGCUGGAGCAGGGCCAGGCCUGGGGGAGACAGGUGGCCCGGUGGCCCCAGCUCAGCACCAGCACCCAUCUGGUGACAGAGCUACAUGUCCACACACCCACAGAACCCCAGAGAGAGACACAACCACACGUGGUUUCACAGGUGUGUGGGCCACACUUGUGUGCUCCUGUGCUCACGCAGUUGCACCCCCGCCACCCUGCCACCCAAUGUUACACAUUCACGGCCACGCUAGCCACCUCCAUGUGUCACCAUGCAUUCACAGCAUCAGUUUCAGCUGCUUUGUCACACACAGCCACACCACAGUCCUGUGCACAUGGUCACGGCCUUACAUAGUGACACAUUCAGGCAUAUAUAGGCACAAAGUCACACAUGUACAUAGCAAAAGUGUCACAAGUUUGGCGGUGCCUGGACCACACCUGCACCAUCUCCCAGGCUCCUAGCCCAGCUGGUCAGAGAUCCGGGAGGAGAGCUUUGGGGAUAAGCAGCCCUGGGUGGAGUGUACCCAAGGGGGAGUAUGGCAAGUCACAAGCACCACAGGCAGGUACACCCCCUGAGAGGUCUGGGUGUGCAGUCGGGAUGAUCAGACAUGUCCAAGUUCAACUCCAUUGCGCAGAUGGGGACCUGAGGCCCAGUGAGCAGUGGCGGCCGGCCACACCACACCAUCCAGAGGGCGGGGGGUACUCGGGCCAGAGCCGAGCUCUGAGCAGGUUCUGUGGCCUGGCCCUGCCCACCCCUGAGCCAAUCCCCAGGGCCAGGCUGCCUCUGAAGGCCCCUGGAUGAACCCAUCCAACAAAGCUCCAGAUAUCGCCCAUCUAUAAAGCCAGAGCCGAGCUGCAGCGUCCGCAGGCGCAGGGGCCAGGAUGCAGUGGGCAGGGCCUGGGCCUGGGCGGGAGGAACAUUCCUGCACCAUCUCCUCCCCCAGCAUGUGAGGACCAGGCCCGUCCUGCCCGCCCGCCCGCCUGCCUGCUCGCCCGCCUGCCCGCUGACUCAGGCCUCCAGGAGCCAAGCCCGCCGGGCUCCCCUGCCCACCCCAACCUGCUUCCCCCCAGCCCUGCCCUGCUUCCUCUCGCCACUGGCCGGGGCAAGAGGAGACGGUGAGCCCUGGCAAGAAGACCAGGGGCAAAAAUCAAACCUCGCCUCCCCCAGACAUAGCUCAGAAGGGCUGAUUGUGAAACCCAACUCUGGGGUUCAACACAGUUAAACUUUUUUCUUUUGGUUUGGUUUUGUUAGUCAAACCCCAUGGCGGUGCAGUCUUUAAAAAGCAGUGCUCACAUAGUGUGGCCUCGGCGGUCUGCACCGCAGCCCUGGGAGGCACCGUUACUCCAUUUCACAGACGGAGAGACCGAGACCUGGCCAGAGGGCAGAUGGGACCUGCCCAGGGUCACACAGUGAGGCUGUGGCAGGGCUGGACUCGAACCCGGCUCUCUGCUUUCACCCCUUAAAGUCAUGUUGACUCAUUUGGGCCCAAAGGAAGAGGCGGCGGCAGAUGUGAAAGAAUAGGAGGUGGGUGACCCCAAGUGCUGACAUGUGCGGGGUGUUUAGGGGGAGGGUGAGUGCCCCCAGCCCGCAGAGACACAGAGUUUGAAGGCAGCAUUGCAAGGCGGCUGCGGUGACUCAGGACCUCCAUUUACAAAGGAACGUGUGAGGAACAUGACUUCACUUUUCUAUAUCUGACCUGAACUUCUCUUUUGCUCCUCCGUUCUCCCAGAUGACAGAAAAGUAAUCUCCAAUUACUCUGGAGACCCCUCCUUUUCCCAAGGAAUGCAUAUAAGUUUUGGGGAUGGCACAUUCGAAGACCUUGGGCAGGCCCCCAGCACUCUGAAUUGUAGAGGCUGAAUCCCACGCCCCAGCACCCGUAUUAAAAUUGCCUGCAUUCUGCAUUACAGGGUUCAGUUUACGACUUGACAAUGUAGCUCUUGUCCUGUAGAUAUUUAAUUAAACUUAUUAAUUUUGA